AUGUCUGGAAAAAUGCAUCGAGAAAAUGUUGAUAAAGAUAGUGAAGUUGGCGAUCGUGAUCGUCAUCGUCGAACAGCUCAAUCUGAUCGUGGUCGUUCUUCAUCUCCACCAACAUCAAAACGUGUUCGAAAAACCGAAGAACAUGUUGAAAAAGAAUUAAUAAAUGAAUUAUCAUCACAUAAUGAUAAUGAAUUUAAUCGAAAAGAAAAACAUCAACAAGGUUCAACACAAUUAGAUAAUUUAUAUGCAUCAUUUUUACCAUCAAGUAAUUAUUAUGAACGAUCAUAUAUGCAUCGUGAUGUUGUGACACAUUUAAUUGUUACUCAAACUGAUUUUUUAAUAACUGGUUCACAAGAUGGUCAUAUUAAAUUUUGGAAAAUAAUUACACCGGAUUAUAUUAAACAACAACAAACAGCAGCAACAUAUCAAGCUAAAUCAAAUGAUGAAAAAGAUCCUAAUUCAAAUAAUAUUCCUGGACCCAUUGAAUUUGUUAAACAUUUUCGAGCUCAUUUAGGUCCAAUCUUAACAUUAUGUACAAAUUCAUCUGGAACAUUAUUAUGUUCAUCAUGUAGUGAUCGUACAGUAAAAAUGUUUGAUGUAUUAGCAUUUGAUAUGAUAACAAUGGUAAAAUUAGAAUUUAUUCCAUUAGUUUGUUCAUUUGUUCAUUCACCACGUCAAGCAUUAUCAACAUUAGCGAUAUCAGAUAGUCAAUCAUCAUUUAUUUAUUUAUAUGAUGGACGUACAUUAAAUAUAAAAGAACCAAUAUCAAUAAUAUCCAAAAUAGGUCAUGCAUCACCAGUAACAAUAAUAUCAUAUUGUCCAAAAUAUGAUUUAGCAAUAUCAUGUGAUCAAUCAUCAAUUAUUAAUUAUUGGUCACCAAAUCAUUUACAAAAUUUACCACAAGAAAUUUUAUUUGAAUCCAAAUUAGAUACAGAUUUAUUUGAAUUAGUUAAAAGAAAAUUAAUUCCAUUAACAUUAGAAUUUAAUUCAACCGGUGAUCAAUUUGCAUUACUUGGAAAAUCAUCAACACAACGAAAAUUAUUUUUAUUUGAUACAUUAAAAGGAAAAAUUUUAAAAAUCUUUGAUGAACAUUUAGAAGUUUAUAAACAAUUACAUGAACGUUUACAAACUAAACAACAACAACAACAACAACAACAAAAUGAAGAUAAUAAUAAUAAAAAAUUAAAUUUAAAUAUGUUAAAUAAUGUUGAAUAUUCUCGACAUUUAACUAUUGAAAAAGAUUUAGAAAAAAAUGAUUUAGUUUAUUCAUCAAUUAAUCUUCAAUUUGAUUCAUCUGGUACUUAUCUUUUUUAUACAACGCUAUAUGGAAUUAAAAUGUUAAAUUUAAGAACAAAUUCUAUUAGACAUUUUUUUGGUACAACAGAAAAUGCAAGAUUUAUUCGUUUAGCACUUUAUCAAACACAAAAAUCAGCUAAUAAUGAUUUUAAUUCAACGAUUCUUUUUACAAAUGCUUAUAAAAAAAAUAGAUUUUAUUUAUUUACAAGAAAUGAUCCACAAGAUAGUCGAAGUGAACAUGAUAAUGAUCGAGAUGUUUAUAAUGAAAAACCAAGUCGUGAAGAUAUUUUAACAGCAACAGAAGAACAAGCUUUAUCAUCAUUAUCUCAAUCAGCAAUAAUUCAUACAACAUAUGGUGAUAUUCAUCUUCGUUUAUUUCCUGAAUAUGUUCCAAAAACAUGUGAAAAUUUUAUUCAACAUUCAAAACAAUCUUAUUAUAAUAAUUGUAUUUUUCAUCGUGUUAUUAAACAAUUUAUGAUUCAAACAGGUGAUCCAUUAGGAAAUGGAACUGGGGGACAAUCAAUAUGGGGAAAAGAUUUUGAAGAUGAAUUUCAUCCACAAUUAAAACAUGAUAGACCAUAUACACUUUCAAUGGCAAAUGCUGGACCAAAUACAAAUGGAUCACAAUUUUUUAUAACUGUUGUUCCAUCUCCAUGGCUUGAUAAUAAACAUACCAUUUUUGGUAGAGUUUCAAAAGGAAUGGAUGUUGUUGAAAAAAUUUCUCAAGCGAAAACAGAUCGUCUUGAUAAACCAUUAGAUGAAAUUAAAAUUAUUUCAAUAUCUAUUAAAUAA